AAUAUGGCUGUUGUUUAGGUAACAAGACAGUGAUUAAGAUAUAAGGUUGGAUUUGGUGACUUACACACCCAACUUAGAAAUAAAAAAAACAUAUAAAGAGAAAACAAUACAUGAAAUGAUACGAAAAGAAAGUCGUGCCACGGACACAAAAAACUAUUUAUAGAAAUUUGUGCGAGAAGACAUUCGUGCUCAAGGCACAAAAAAGCUGAAUUUUGUGCCAUGGACAUGAAUAAAUUUAUCAAAUUUUUCGUAACUAUAACACGACUUUCUGUGAGAUCAUGUUGUUUUUGCUAUAUUUGUGUUUGAAUUUAAGCUAUUAAAACAUUUCUGUGUUUACAUUUUCAUAAUCACAAGACACAAACUACGAAAACUGCAAUAUUGACAAUGUGGCUUAUGCUCUCAACCAAUUCACCACCAUCAUCAUCACCACCACAUUUGAAGUACAGUAUCACCCAGUCCUAAUACAUUUUCAACUUUUCUCUCUGAGCUAUUUUAUUUUUUCAACAAUAGUAGAUUCUCACAGUUAUAUAAGGCCAGAGACUCCAGUCCCUUGAGAAAACCCCUUCAUCACAGCUUCUUGACAUGUUUUUCAGAUCACAUUCACCUAGCAAGAAUUUCUUGUCCUUCUGUCACAUCAUGGAUGUUCUUUUCACAUCCUCCUUACCUAUUUUAUGCCACUAUAAUCUCACGGCUCUCUGCUACGACAACCAAACCCUAAACUCAACAUCUCAGACAUUGGUUAACGCGCCAGCUUUUGGGAUGUCCUACUUCACCAUGACGCUCGGUGCCCUGUCAAACCUCACGGCACUGGCGAUCCUCGCCCAUUCCUACACCCGUUUCAGGCGCCGGGCCAAAGCCCCGUUCCUAUUGCUGGCUUCGGGCCUGCUUCUGAGUGACCUGGCGGGUCAUGUGAUCACAGGGGCCCUGGCACUACACCUCCAUCUAGGAAGAGUAAAGCAUCACGGGGCGGCAGUGCUCCUGAAGCCUUCACAGGGUUACUGUAAAUUGUUUGGUGCUUGCAUGGUGUUUUUUGGUUUGUGCCCUCUGCUGCUGGGAAGCGCGAUGGCCGUGGAGCGUUGCAUAGGCAUCACGCAACCUCUCUUGCACUCGACCGUGGUUACCAUUGCACGAAUUCGGCUCACCAUACUGCUGAUCAUCUCAUCGGCUCUCAGUUUAGCGGGACUCCCCCUGCUGAACGUGGGGGACUACAAACCUCAGUUCCCCGGUACCUGGUGCUUUUUACCAGUGUACGGUUCACUUUCCAUAGCAGAUGCAAGCUUGGCUUUGGCUUUUUCCUGCCUUGGCCUUGUAGCAUUGCUCAUCUCGGUUCUUUCUAAUAUAAUAAGUGGGUGGAAGUUGCUUCAGGCCAGGUUUAAGGACAAAUGUGUAAGGACAAGCACUGUUCGGAGACAAGGAUCCUUCUCCUCUUCAUCCCUGCAAUCCCUGGAUGUGGAGAUGAUGACACAGUUGGCCGUGAUAACCGUGGUCUCCUGUGUCUGCUGGAGUCCCUUUCUUAUUUACAUCCUUAUAUCCGUGAUCAUGUUUUAUGAGGGAUUCGCCAGACCGGAGCAUCAGGUUGAAAAAUUUCUUCUGCUUGCCCUGCGUUUGGCGAGCUGGAAUCAGAUUCUGGAUCCGUGGGUUUACAUCCUACUGCGGCGCGCAGUUCUGCGCAGAAUUCUUCAGCUGCUGCAUCCCGACAGAGUCGUGUUCACAGCGAGCAGCUUCUACAGAGACUCCAACAAAAAGCAAAUGAGUUUACACUGAUUACACACAAAGCUUUUUAAAGAGAAAGACAGAAAGUGUGAGAUAAAAAAUCUAAACUGUUGUUUGUUGCCAAAUGAAGAUCUGUUCCUAUACUGCUACGCAAAUGCUUUUUGCAUGAAAAUGUUUACAGAACUUUUUCGUUUCAGUGUUCAGUUCAAGACUACAGAUAUUUACACUAUAACCAUGGUUACCACCAAAAUACCAUAAUUACUAAAGUGAUUGGAAGAACUGUAUAAAAGUAAAAAAAAAUUGUAUUGGCAAUCCCUGUCAUAAACAACAACAACAACAACAAUAACAAU